UUUAGUAUCCAGCAACAAUUGGCUCUACAUGACCAUGAAUCUUGGCCAGGGAUGGUAGAGGCUGACAGGGACCACCUUCAGCUCAUCAAAGAGAAAGAAGCUCUCCUACAAGAACUCCAACUCAUAAGUCAGCAACAGAGGUCGCCAGAAGACAUUGACCGCUUAGAGGAGGAAAAAAGGCGCUUGGAGGAUGAAAUCCAGCAGGCUCGGGCCACUUCUUCUCAUGGUGCAGCUGAAAGGAUACUGUUACAGGAGAAGAAGAAUUGUCUGCUCAUGCAGUUGGAAGAAGCAACUCGUUUAACCUCCUAUUUAUACUCACAGUUGAAAAGCUUGUCUGCCAGCACUCUGACGAUGUCAUCUGGAAGUAGUCGAGGGUCACUGGCAUCCAGCAGGGGUUCGUUGGCAUCCAGCAGGGGUUCUCUCAGCUCUGUCAGUUUCACAGAAAUCUAUGGUGUUCCUCAAUAUGAGAAAUCAGACAGUGCUGCAGAGUAUGGGCAGCAUAUGCGCUAUGAUCCAGUUCUAGUUGAUUCUCACAAUAAAGAUGUACAGUGUCUGGAAUCUGUUGGACAUUCUAGUUGCAGUAAGCAAAGAAGAUCAUUGGAUACGCCUCUAUCCCUGGCAUCUCUGUCAUCACGGUCUUCUCUGUCCUCGUUGUCUCCACCAAGUUCUCCUCUGGACACCCCUUUCCUACCACCUUCUCGGGAUUCUCCAUUGGCCCAACGGUCUGAAGGUUAUGAGGAAAUGCUCAGCCCAAGUGCCUUAGAAGUACUCCGAGCUCAGGUCUCUAUUUUGGGUGGAGAUAAAGCACAAGAAACAGUUUCAUCUAAGGUUCUUGAAUAUCCUACAGGCAGUGAAGGACUUAAAGAAGCAGGACUGCAACUGACAAAUGUUCCGAACUCUGGAGCAGUGACCCUACGUGAAGAUAGUGCUAGAAGGUCAGAGAGGAGAGCCAGGCGAGUCUCAGCAUGUCUGUCCAAUUAUUCACUGGCUAGUGACAGUGGCGUAUUUGAAGCUUUAAGCAAAAGGAAUGAGGAUGUUGAAGAAUCACUUUAUAAUGAUGCUAACAGUAAUGAAGAGCCAAAAAUGCAAGUUGGAUUUCUGCAUGACAAUGCAAGUGAGUGUCUCCUGAUCCAUGUGUUACAGCUAAAGAAUUUUACUGGCUUUGCUGUGAAAGAAGGCUGUAAAAUACAUGUUAGAAUAUACUUACCAUCUCUCGAGUUGGGCACGUCAACCACUUAUUGCUCUAGAGCUUUGGAAUUCCAAGCUCCCUUAGUAUUUAAUGAAGUCUUCCAGAUUCCAAUACGUUCAAAUAUUUUGAAACUGAAGUCACUGCAGCUUUAUAUCUGUUCAGUUGGCCAUCACCAGCAAGAAGAAUUGUUGGGCAUUGCUCAGAUUAGCCUAGCUGACUUUGAGAGCUCUAGUGAGAUGCAACUUCACUGGUACCCAAUCCAGAUCUUCACUGGUUCAGAUCAUGAACAGACAAAAGACAGACCAAAGUGUGAAGAAAGUACUUCUCAGUUUUUUGAAAACAAAACUACAGUGAAAAUGGAUGCUGUGACUGCCCUUUUAGCUAGGACCACAGCUCAACUGGAAGCUGUGGAGAGAGAGCUGGCAGAGGAGAGAGUGAAAUUGGAAUACACAGAAGAAGAAAUUCUAGAGAUGGAACAGAAGGAAGAUCAGCUAGAAGCUGUGUCAGAGAGGAGUUGGCAAGCAGAAUCAGUUGAUAGUGGAUGCAGUAACUGUAUGCAGACUAGUCCUCACCCAGAGUCUUAUUGCAGUGAAUCAUUACACGGUCAUACGUUUACACCUCAGACAGAUCAUUGUACCCCUGAAAAAGUUGAGCCUCCACCUCUAAAGGUAGAUAAAGAGACCAACACAGAAGAUACCUUCCCAGAAGAAACAGCUCUGCUUCAUAAAAACAGAGCUGGCCGUCGAUCCCGGGGCUCUGCAUUUGUUCGUAGUGGCACUAUUGUUCGCUCACAGACAUUCUCACCUGGUGCACGAAGUCAGUAUGUUUGCCGACUAUAUCGUAGUGACAGUGACAGUUCUACUCUGCCAAGAAAGUCGCCAUUCAUCCGAAAUACUUUGGAAAGACGUACACUGCGUUAUAAGCAGCAAUCAUGUAGAUCAUCUCUGGCUGACCUUAUGGAAAGGACUUCACUAGACCUGGAGCUGGAUCUUCAGGCAUCCAGAACAAGGCAGAGGCAGUUGAAUGAGGAAUUAUCUAUUCUGAGGGAGUUGCGGCAGCGCCUGGAGGAUGCCCAGCUUAGAGGUCAAAUGGAUCUGCCUCAUUGGGUACUUCGGGAUGAACGAUUUCGAAACUUGCUGAAGGAAGCAGAGAGGCAGACAAGACAGACCAAACUUGAACAUCACCAACAACAAGCAGCUGAAAAAUUGCUUAAAAAAGCAUCCAAAGAAGUUUACCAGCUGCGUGGUCAAAACCAGAAGGAGCCUAUUCAGGUGCAGACCUUCCGGGAGAAGAUAGCAUUCUUUACGAAGCCAAGGAUCAACAUACCUCCUCUGCCGGCUGAUGAUGUAUGACGUGUUACUUUGUAAACAUGAAGUAUUUAUCUGCCUGUUUAAAAUGAAGUUAUUAAACUAGUUAAGUUUAUUUUUAAAAUCGUCAUGCAAAGACUAUUAAUAUACACAUUUUGUAAAAUAAAUAAAGUAAACAAAAACAUAUAUAUAAAUAUAUACAUAUAUAUAUAUAUAUUUUAUAAUAGUGACUGCGGCAAGGCUUGGUUUUUCCUUGUUGUGAAAUUGACAUCUCUGAAAAAAACUUAUUUUAUAUUAAAAAAAAAUCAGCUAUCCUGUUAGAGUGUGUACUGUUUUUAUGCUGUUUUAUUUGACUUAAAAGGCUGGUAGACAGAAACAAAGUGAGUUCAGGCAAAUUCACUGUAUUGUAAUUUAUUUAUAGUAACUCGUUUUCCUUGAAGGAAAAUAUUUACUUUAAGAUGUAUUUUAAAAGACAGAAAUUUUGUUACUCAGUAUUUGUCAUACAGUAGAAUGGAACCAUUGAGCUGGUUUUGUUUCUGAUAGCUGAAAUGAAAAUACUAUGUUCUAUAUUUGUCACUUUUUAAUCGGCUUUACUGCAUCUUACAAUGUAACAUGUAUUUUUGGCACUGUUUUGAUAUCAAAAUAUUACCUGCAAUGUUUCCUUUUUUUAAAAAAAAACCCAUUAAAAUGCCAUUAAACAUUGCAGGGUGCAACUGCAUGUUCUUACUGUGCACUACUAGAUUGUUCUUAUUUCUGUUGUGUCAAAUAUGUCUUUUAUCAUGUUAACUAGUUUUUCUGUUGAACGAGGGAAGGUAGAAGGUGACAGUCUGUCUUUCUCUAGCUAUUAUUUUAAGAAAGGUGCUUGUGACUUCUUCAUGUUAAUUACCAGCACAGGAUUUGGACAGUUCUACUAUUUUUCUGUUCUAGAAAUUGGUUAGGACCUCAUUUAGGAAAUAUCCAAAAGUAUCAUAGGACUAUCAGUUUCUUAGAUUUCCUCAUAAAUUUUGCAUUCAUAAUUUUUGUUUCAUGACAUUUUCCUUGAAGUGUUGCUCAAAUUUAAAACCAUACUGCUUCUGGUGCUUGAUCCUAAUGUCCAGCAGAGUGGGUCAUGUGUUACAUAUAGACUAGAUGCCAUGGAUCAAAUAGCAGGUCAUGUUUGUAGAAGCAUCAUCACAGUGAUGUGAAUUUUACCUAUGGUUCACCCAACCCUUUAUCUACUCUCGCAAUUAAAAAAAAAUGUGUACCUGCCUGGAACUUUUUUAAUUUUUGGACUAUGAGCAGACAAUACCUCUUUAUCCUAUAACUUUUUGUGAAGGCUACAAACUUUUUUUUAAUGAAACCGGGGCUCUUUAGGUUUCCAUACCUGCUGCUAUGCAAAAUUCAACUAUGUCGAAUACUCUUGCAAUAUUACAAAUGUUCCUCAAAAUGUUACUGACCAGAUAGUGAUACAUUUUGUGGUGUGGGUUUUAGUCUGUGCUUAUACUUUUAUCUUUGUUUUCUUUGUUUCUGUUAAUUUGUAUUCUUUUUUCUUUAAUAUUUAGUUUUCUGACAACCUCUUCUGACCUCAUAUUACAUGCACAUUUUAAAUAUAUUUUCCUAUUCACAAUUCUAAUAAUAAUUUAAAAGUGAUAGUACAUUCUCACAUGGAACUGAGAUUAUUGUUCUGAAUGUACUUAAUUCUGUUAAAUUUGGUAAGAGGAGUAUGUACUAAAGCAGUUUAUUGUCCUAUUAAAAAUUCUUCUUCAAAUGGGUUCCAUAGCUUUGGAAGAAGUUCACUUGGGCUUUAAUAUAGCUUGUAGUUUUUGUUAACAUUGGACUGUCACCUUAUAUUCCCGAGAGUGCCACUUCUUGUGUCUUGCAAAUGUAAGAAAAUAACUGUUUAUUAUGCUGUUAUAUUCAGCUUCAGUUACCCAAAGAAUUAUGUCCCACAGAAGGGGAGCCUGCCUUUUGGGACAUCACAGUUUUUUUUAUAGGACACUGCCAAGUCAGACUUUGGUAUUAGUUCAAAAUCAAGCAAUGCCUUAGGGAAGCUUGAUACCAAAGAAAGUUGUUAAGCUAAAAUCAAGUCAGCAUUCCCUAUGGCAUUUGGAACUCAAGCACUGUGUUAAGGUCAUGAGACCCUAACCAUUAAAUUGUUUUUUAUAGUCUGUUUUGACAGAGAUUUUAAACCCAUGUGUAGUUCACAUUAUUAGAUCUGAAUUAAAGAUGAUCAACAUAAUCUUGCACAUGUUUACUCAAAAGUAAGAUCUAUUAAGUACCAAUGAGACUUAUUCCUAGGUAAGUGUGCACAGGAUUGCAGCCUUAGUCUGUUAAAUUAAUGUGAAUUUUGUAAGAUUACAUUUUGAUGUAUGCUGCAAGCUUUUCUGUUAAUUGGAAAUGAUAAACGUUUGGCAUUAUCAUCUCUGACUGCUCUAUAGAAUCUCUGUUUGGUAUGCUAGUAGAUUAAAAAAGUGUCUCUUUGUCUGGAAAAAUUGAUCUCAGAAUUCCAAAACAAAGGAAUAGGAAUAAAUGGUUGGAACUGGGAUGGAGGUCUAAAGGGAAAAGAGCUGAUCAUUGCUGUAGUAGUUCAGUACUUAGGAAAAAUUUGAAAGUGUCAGUAUUUCCCAGCACUUAACAAGAGGCAAUAUUGAGUUGUUCGAUUCUGUUACAAUCUGACAUGCGAUUCGUUUGGGUUACAAGUGAGCAGCUCCCAGUGCUCUUGAAAAACGCAGUAGACGAAGCAGACUUCCCCCUCCCCCCCAGUGAAUACAAAUGAGCGCUAUAUACAAGGACCAUUUUCUAUCACCUCUGGUGUGUACCCCUUGCUUGUGAUAAAGAGCAGUCAGUGUAAAUACUUUGCCAUCUCUUGUGACAAAUUACUGUUUUUUGUUUUUGUAUGUUAAGCCUAUGUGGCAUAAAUGGAAAGCACUGUAUUUGGGAUAUAAUUUUUUUUGGGGGGGGGCUUCCUGAUAAAAGAUACUGCUGGGCUAUAAGUGGUAGCCACUAUGCAGUAUGCACAGAGUGUUUAGGGAAGGUAAGAUUCUGUCUGUCAAAAUGAAUACUAUUUCAGUGUGUUAAAAUGUAAUACCCUCUUCAGUAUUCAUUUCUUGUGUUUGUCAGUUUCUGAAUGGAUUGUGUCAUUUGUAUUUGA